AUGGCCCUUCCUUCCGGGGGGUUGAUCGCUGCGGUUAGGAACAGACGGCGAAGGGAAGAAAUCGAUGAAUGGCAAGAUGAGCCCUUGCUGGUAGAGGACAAGAGGGUCUUCCGAGAACGAGUUCUGGCCAUCCAAGAUGUCCUUGAAGAUAUCGAGUCGAAAAUCCUUUUCAACCCCUCUGAAAAGGAUCCUGAGACAUCAAAAGAGUUCAUGGUGGAUGGUUUGAUAGAGAUGGCAGAAGCGAAAAUCAACAGGUCAGACUCAUACAAGAAGUUGAUGGGCACGACGACGUUCUUCAUCUUGUACAUCGUGCUGUUGUUCAUGCAGCGAGACUACGAAGCCUGCUACGCGAUUGAGAGCUCGGUCAUGAACCUGAUUGUUGGUAAGCUGCCAACAACAGGAUCAGGUGGGUACACGAACUCGGGUGUUGGUGCCAACGGCUUUCUCAGCAACGUGGACGAAUUUUACACCUGGUUGAACGACGCUCUGAUCAAACAAGUGUUCAACGAUCCUGUCUGUGGGGACGGCAAGUGUGAUAGUCCGGAUGAAUACCCUGGGUUUGGUCGGUUUGGCUGCAUCAUCGACUGUGGGAAUUACUUGAAUGUGACAUCGCUCUCUAUCAACCUGGAAGACGUGGUGCAAACAAGUGCCAAGAGCCUCAACUGGGAUCUUUCGACUCAGAGCAUGAUUCAGGAUGCGAGGAAGGGCGGGUUCAAGUACAACAUCUACAGUCAGACCAUGGGAAACUUCUUGUUCGAGACCGAUAGAAAUGAUUCGAAGCUUGUCGUGGACGUGCCUGACGGCAAGUUCAACCUUGUGCUUUAUCAGACGGUCAAGACCAGCGAGCUUGUGGACAACACAGCUCUUAAAGACCUUGGGAUUGUUCCGAGCACAGUCCCAAAGCGGAACAGUUCGAACGAUUUCUCUUAUGGCGACAAGAAGGAGUUCAUCACUGCAUCAUAUUUGUUGCUAUCAGGAAUCAUAGAUUACUGCUUCUCUUCAGAGGCCAUGUUCCUGGAUCCGAAGUGUUCAAACCUAAACAUUCCAGAUGUGCUUUUCCGAGUCAUGGCAAGCUAUGGCUUGAAUGGGAGUAUUACGAGCAAGACAUCUACAAACUCUUUCGACACAGUUGCUGAGGUUUUGUUCUGCAUGUCGGUCCCCAACAGAACAGGAGGGAUCGACUCUGCUGAAAACAUGGCCUUCUUCGGACAGGCUGAAACAACCUGCCCUGCGAAGGUAUCAAGGAGAGCCAGACAACAACAGGUUGUCCUGUGGGAGCAUCACUCCGAGCAAGCAGAGAAGAUGAGAAGAAAGUACGAGGGCUCGAUGACUUCCGCACAUUCGAGGCAGAAGGAUGUCGGGCUGAAGGAGCUCUCCCCAACGGUGAAGUCACGCUUUCCGACGCUGCAGUCACGCAGCAAGUCACUACGAGCUUUCCGACCGAAGCAGAGGCAGACGAAGAGACAAGUAGCGCUCAGGAGCUCAAGCUGCACUGAGAUUGCUGAUCAGGACGCUGGAUAUGUUUACAGCAUAGGGAGCCAAGGGACUGAGGCCUGCUACAUCGUGUCGCUUGCCAACUAUCAGAACAACCUCACCUUCACCGCCGGCGUCGUCAACCUGGGUCCGCCCUCAUCCUCUACCUGCUCCUACGGCAUCACGGCCUGUGCCUGCACUGACGACGCCUGCAGCACAGAGUGCUCGUCCUCUCACGUGACCGUCUGCAACGGUGCCCGGCCGGGAGAGCCGACGCCUACGAUCUCCAUCCCUUCGUGGCGAGCUCGCGUGCAAGUCAUCCUCCCUGACUCGCUCGCUUCCAUCUGCGCGACUUGGGGGGGCCAGGCGUGUCCGACGAGACCAACAGCAGCGACGGUGAAGCUGGUCGACCAGACUGUGACAACCUCCUGCGACGGAGAGAACUUCUUCGUGGACUUUGAGAUCAAGUCCACUACCACCAGCGCCAAGAUCGCCUACGUAGUCACGCUGUGCGACAGUCAGAACGUCUGCCUGAUGCAGCCAAGUUGCACUACCGGGCCCUUCUACUCCAACCCGACGUACGCGAAUGUGUUCCUUGAGACCGCCGAUGUCGAAGGUACCGAUGUCUCCGUCCUCGCCAUCGCCUGCUCGGGGACUCUGCCGAGUGCCAUGGGCACUCCCUUCCAUAUCUGCGUCUUCCCUCCUCCCUUUCUCUCCGCGACCUUCCGCGUGGUGGAGCUCAACAACCAGACCUUUGACGCGAGCGCGAGCUUCACUUGGCUCCAGUCUGCUCUCUCGACGGCUCUCAACGAGGACAAGAGCAGGAUAGCCCUCGGCUCGGCUGUCUUGUCCCAGUCGGCUAACGCCUCUAGCCUCUCCGUCGCUGACGUCACGGUCAAAGUCUUCACGUCCUCCAACCUUGAGGUGGUGGUGGUCGACACGAGCUUCAAGGCCGCGCUCGCUUCCCUCCUCACCGGCUACCCCGCUGCCUUCCCUCACACCAGCCUCUCCCUGCGGUCCUCCUCCAUCUCCUCUCAGCUGCAGACGUCUGGCUUCUACGAGGCUUGUGUGACCCACUACGACUGUCCGGACUCAGCCUUCUGCUACCGAGUCCCUGAUGCCGGGUAUGACUUUGGAGUUUGUCUCGAGUGCUCGUUCUGCAUCGUAGACAGCAGGGACUCUUACACCGGUCACUGCCCGCAAGACAAGUGCCCUGGGUCAGGAGGCUACCCGGAGUGCAUCGACGCCAGCAAGAUCUUGUCCUACUUGGACACGAACUGCAAGGACAACCACGAGUUCGAGGUCUGGAAGUUCAACGCCCGUGGCAAGACCCCCACCGUCAUCCCCCAGUUCCAGCCCAAGGUGCGAGAGCUGACGCCGUACAACCGGAUGGUGGGAGGGAUCGUGAUCUCGCAGAGGAGGAGGAAGGGAGAAGAUUGCUCCCAGGGCAUCCAGAAGCCUGACGUGAAGGCCUUCACUCAGUCCGCCAAGGAGGGAGUCCUGUGCCCCUCGGAGCAGCAGUUUGACUCGAAGCCCUUCGGCUACGACGCGACUUUCAUGCCCUUCAGCUCCAUCUACAACGGAAAGCUCCGGCCCGAGAUGUUCUACGGGCCCAGCGAACGGCACGCGGUCAACGGCACCGACGGCUCCUCCACCCUCUCCUUCCCCAAGGGCUUCUUUCCUCACGAGUACGACGCCAACUGGCUGGACGCGAACCUGGACGGGACCCUGUCGCUAGAGGAGCUGGCGAUGGACAAGAGCUACGAGACGGUGCAUGAGAAGGAUGCGAAGGUUGUUCAUGGGGAGGACAGAAACAGCUUCAAGCUCUUCUUCGACGAGCGGCUGACGCAGAAGCAGGCGCAGGCCAUGGUGGCGUUUGCCAAGGACGGGAAGUUCCUUGACGCUCAGACGCAAGAGCUGCACGUGGAGGUGGUGACGUUCAACGCUGUGAAGAACAUCUUCCUCUACCUCGACAUCUCGUUCAAGUGGGAGACCAGCGGGAAGAUCCCUUGGAACUACAACAUCAAGACCAUCUCCUUCGACCGCAUCCUCUACCCAAGCGUCGUUCAGGCCGUCCUGAUGCUCCUCGUGAUCCUCUUCCUCGCUAUCAACUGCAUACUGGAAAUCAUGGACAUCAUGGUGCAGGCUAGGAAGUUUGCCCUCCACGAGUACUUCGCCGACCUGUUCAACUGGGUUGACCUCCUUCACUUUGUCUUCAUGUGGGGAACUGUCGUCACCUGGUUCGUGCACAGAGCUGAGGUGCAGGGCCUGACCCUCCUCCCCAACUAUCCCAUCCUCUUCUACGGACCCAACUACGACAACAGCACGUCGAGGAGGUACGGGGCAGCGAGGACCUUCGAGGCUCCGCUCUCGGCUACGAAACCAGCGAGCGCGAGGAUGUUUCGAACCAACAACCAGGCAGAGUUCGACUUCCUGAGCCUGAUCCACACCAUGCAGCGCAUCUCCAGCACGAUGCAGGUGUUCUCCUUCUUCGCGGGGGUCAGCGUCGUCCUCUUCGUACUCAGAAUGCUCAAGUCCCUCGACUUCCAGGAGAGGAUGGGGAUGGUGACAAGGACGAUCUCUAACGCUGCGAGCGAUCUCUGGCACUUCAUCCUCCUCUUCCUCAUCGUCUUCAUGGGCUACGCCAUCGUCGGCGUCCUGCUCUUCGGUCAUCAGUUUGAGGGCAUGAAGAACCUUUCGAGCUCCUGCAUCACCCUGGCCAUCUUCAUCCUCAACUUCGACACGUUUUAUUUCUUCUCCUCCAUGUCGCAUGCUUCGGACUUUGCGGCCUUCCACAUCUUUCUCUGGUCCUACCUCUUCAUCGUCUUCUUCAUCCUCUUCAACAUCUUCCUCGCCAUCCUCGUCGACGCGUACGCCAACGUCAAGAGCCACACCGACGGCUCCACCGGCCUCAUCAGCGACUUCUCCUCUGUGGUAGCGCACGAGGUGAAGCGGCUGGUGCUGCCCGGGAGCUCCUUCAUCUCAAACCAGAGGCUGAAGCAGAGGCUGCUGGAGGAGAAGGAGAGGAUGCAGCAGAUGCACAAGGUGAAGCUCGACAUCAGCAAGCGCAUGGCCUACCAGCGCGCCAUCCUGAUCCGAGGAGGAAUCAAAGUCGACUACCAGGAUCUCGAGCUGUUCCUGGGGAGGACGGGAGGAGCAAGGGCGCAUCCUGUGGAAGAGCAGGCUGAGGGGCAGGAGGAUGGAGAAGAGGUCGGGGGGGUGGAGGACAGCGAGGCGAUUCACAACUUGCUGGAUCGUUACGGGGAAGACCUGUCCGAGUUGCAGGAUAGGAAGAACCAGGACUUCAAGCUCAUCCUCGAGAUAGAGAACAUGAGGCGACUUCUCUCCAUGAACGCGCUGCAGAAUCAGCUGGUGGCUCAGCAGAAGAGGAUCGUGCAAGUGAUGGAGGGGAUAGCGCAGAAGAGCUCGGUCACCAUCCAGGAGGAGGAGGAGGAGGAGGAUCAGGAGCAUCUCCCCAGGAUGGAUCUCCUAAGAAGCUGCGACCCGUACUGCAUCCUCUUUCUGGACGGGGAGGGCAGCAGGGACUCGUACAUGAGCAAGAUCAUCAGGAAGCAGGUCAACCCGACGUGGGACGAGACGUUCGAGUGGAAGGUGUACAGCAACAGCACCACAGUCAUCAUCUCCGUGUGGGACAAGGACAAUAUAACCAAAGACGACCUCAUCGGCACUGCUUACCUCGACAUCUCAAAACUUACCUCCACCUUCCCCGACGAGCCCGUCGCGCUUCAGAUUGAGAAUCCGCGAUUUUACAAGAAGCUCAAGGCUGCUCGCAUCUACGUACAGGCCAAGGUGACCAAGAAGGAAGAUGUCGAUGUGAAAGUACAACACUUGGAUGUCGACUUGAUAUGA